AAUGGCGUGCUAGAUUAAGCAACAGAACUCCAAUCUCAUGUUUCCACGUACACCCAAACUUAGAACUCGAUGAUCAUUUUAUAGGAAACCAAAUUUACCCAAAUGAAAUCCAAAGGAAAACCAAAUGGCAACCUCUACAGCUACCAAUGUUGAAGAAGAAGAAUACCACUGCCAGUAUGCCAUGCAGCUUGCCAGUGCAUCAGUACUGCCCAUGGCCCUGAAGGCAGCAACAGAUCUAGGCGUGUUUGAGAUUAUAGAGAAAGCUGGUCCCGGCGUCCUGCUUUCCUCUUCGCAAAUUGCCUCCCAGCUUGCUGCCCCAACAGCCCAGAUGGCCCCCCUUUUGCUAGACCGUAUCCUCCUCCUUCUCGCUAGCAAUUCUAUUCUCACUUGCUCUGUAACCUUCAGCACCCAAGAUGGACAGCUUAAUAGGUUAUAUGGUUUAGCACCUGUGGCCAAAUACUUCAUCAAGGACCAAGAUGGGGGAUGCUUGGCUCCCUUUCUAGCUACGAUACACGACAAAGUCAUCCUGGAUACUUGGUACCACUUAAAAGAUGCAGUUGUUGAAGGAGGUGGUACAUUUGAAAAGGCACACGGGAUGAGGGUUAUGGAGUACAUGGGAAAAGAUAUGAGAUUUGGUGAAAAAUUCAAGGGCUCCAUGAGAGACUUUAACACGCUACUGAUGCAUAGAAUUCUGGACAUAUAUGAUGGUUUUCAAGGUCUAAAGUCCUUGGUGGACGUGGGAGGGGGAGACGGUUCUCUCCUUAACAUGAUCGUUUCCAAGUAUCCUUCCAUUAAGGGUACCAACUAUGAUUUGGCUUCAGUUAUAGAAAAAUCGCCCUCUUAUACAGGUAUCGAGCAUGUUGCGGGAGAUAUGUUCGUGAGUGUGCCAAAAGGAGAAGCCAUUUUCAUUAAGUGGGUACUUCACAUGUGGGAUGAUCAAGCCUGCUUAAAAGUGUUAAAGAAUUGCUAUGAAGCUUUGCCAAGUAAUGGAAAAGUGAUAGUAGUGGACUUGGUAGUUCCAGAAACUACUGGAGCUAAUGCUGCAGAUAAAAGCGUGCUACAGACAUAUUUGCUCUUUACAAACAUGAAUCCAAAGCGAAAGGAUAGAACAGAGAGAGAAUUCAAAACUCUGGCUAAAGAGGCAGGGUUUUCUCAUGUUCAAGUUGCAUCUCGUGCUUUUAGUUUUUCAGUUGUGGAGUUCCUCAAACACUUCUAAUUAAGUCUCUUUUAAUCUCUGCAAUGUUCUAUUUGACUCUUGCACAAUGUUUGGAGGAUGAAGUAUAAGGUGGUUUAAUAAUGUAUAGUAUCAUAUUGUAUCAUAUGGUAUGAUUUUUAUGGAAUGAUUUAAUAUUGUUUUUU